AACAUUAGAGACUCAAUACCCAAUGUAUCUCAAUUUGGUGUUGACUUUGCAGACUAUAUUUUGAUUUUAUUUCUUUAUCAGUUUUCUCGUUUCUUGUUUUAUUUUGUAAUUAUUAUUCAUAGUUUUUCUCGGUUAAUACGAUAUAGUUUCAUAUAUUCCUUCUUCCAAAAAGGAAAAAAGAGAGAGGAAUUAGUGGCAAUCUGCGAUCAAAAGUCCUCAGCCGUGAAAUAGUUUUUGGCGUUGUGUGGACUUUUAAUUUUAAUCCAACAAAUAUGAGUAUAUAAAAUCCACCAACUAAAAGCUUUCACAGUUUAAGCUCGACUCCAUGGCUUCUCUGCUGAGCCCACCUCUAAAUUUACCUCUCAACAAGGCAAAUGAUGGAAGUCUAAGAGCUCUUGUUACCAAAACACUGUCAAAGAGAGAUGUGGUUUUCAGAAAACAUAAUGGGCGGAAUGUGCAAUUUCCCGUGAUAAAAGCCAAAACAUCCUUGGAGACAGAUGUGCUUGAUAAAGAUUCUGCUGAGGCAGUUAAUGACAAGGAUGAUUUUGGAGUUGUUGGCAUGCACCAUGUCGGAAUCUUGUGCGAGAAUCUUGAAAGGUCACUUCACUUUUACCAGAAUAUUCUCGGUCUACCAAUAAAUGAGGCGCGGCCACAUGACAAGCUGCCCUACAGAGGUGCUUGGUUAUGGGUUGGCGCUGAGAUGAUACAUCUCAUGGAGCUUCCGAAUCCUGACCCAUUAACUGGACGGCCAGAACAUGGUGGUCGAGACCGCCAUGCCUGCUUAGCAAUACGACAUGUGUCAAAACUAAAAGAUAUCCUCGACAAAGCUGGCAUACCCUAUACUCUUAGCCGCUCAGGGCGGCCAGCAAUCUUCACACGGGAUCCAGAUGGCAACGCACUUGAGUUUACACAGGUCGACUGAUGCACUCGUGAGUAGUAGCAGCAGCAUAGAUUAUACAUGGCUUGUAAAAUGUCUCUGAACUGUGGUUAAUCAUGCAAUCCUAUGUGUCAGGUUUCGUAUAUAUUGAUGUGUUGUGAUGCCAUUAAUGUAGAUGUAAGAAAUAAUGUAAAGAUUACCCUGCUUCUGUUGAGAUAUAUAGUUCAUGGUUUGGGAUUUGUUUUA